AUGAUAAGAUUACAUUCUGUUAUUAAGCAGUUUCAACAAGAGUUCAAAGAAAUAUACAAAUCUUGCAUCAUGGGUAUGUCACCAACUUCAACUAAAAGAAAACGUGAACAAUCAUUCGACUAUUCUGAAGAAACAUGCUACCCAACUCCAUCUUAUGAAAAGAAUGAUUAUUUCUCUGAAUCAAUUACUGAAACCCCAUAUUAUGAAGCAAAUGAACGUGUUAUGAAUCCAUGUGUUAAGACGCCAUCUAUUGAAGAAUCAAAUGAAUUUGAUGCUGCUACUGUUGCACCUGCUAGUGUUAGUGCUACUACUGCACCUGCUCUUUUGACUCCACCUGAUACUCCUGUUGGUACUCCCACUGUUACUCCUGUUGGUACUCCUGUUAGUACUCCUGUUGGUACUCCUGUUGUUACUCCUGCUGUUACUCCUGCUGUUACUCCUGUUGUUACUCCUGUUGUUACUCCUGCUGUUACUCCUGCUGUUACUCCUGCUGUUACUCCUGUUGUUACUCCUGUUGUUACUCCUGCUGUUACUCCUGCUGUUACUCCUGCUGUUACUCCUGCUGUUACUCCUGCUGUUACUCCUACUGCUACUUCUGCUGAAAGGUUUGUUGAAAAUCAUGAUGAUUACGCUAAUGCUGUUGUGAACCCUCUUGAGACAUCACCUUCUGGAGGGGAUACAUUAACUGAUGAUUACUUCUCACUUCCUAAGGCUAAACGUCGAAAGCUCUCAACACCAAAAGCAUCAGUUGAUAAUAUCAAAAAGUUCUUUUUAAAUCGUUCGAAUUCACUGAAAAUCAAAAGAAGAUCAAUUCUUUCAAGACUUUCAAAGAGCUCAAAGGUUUCAAAGUCUUCAGAGACUCCAAAGACUUCAAAGAGUGAUGUUAUUAUCAAAUACACUGCCAAUACAGUCAAUAAUGAAUAUGCAAAUGUAACAGAUUUACCUCCUGAAUUACUAUAUAAGAUAUCAGAUUAUGGUGUUUCAAAGUUUUUAAUGAUGAGAGUAUGCUCUAGAUUUCUGGAUGUCUUUGCUCCAACUAUUUAUACAAAUAUCCAUGCCAUAUGUUGCUUGAGAACCAAUAAAUAUGCUGAUGGUGAGGACUUCACAUCUUAUACAAGAGGAAAAAACGGUAAAGAAAUGUCCAGGUAUUGGGCUUGCAAAGGUGAUCAAAUUGAAAUUAUUGAAAGUAUCCCAAUUGAAUUGAAUGCAUUGGGUGGUUAUAGGCAUAGAAGAACGACAUUAAUAGCAAAUUUUGAAGAAUUAGUGUGGUUUUUCCAAAAUGUACUAAAUGGUAAAUCAAGAUUGAAAAGAUAUGUCAAAAAUUUCACUAUGGAUUUUGCAUUCAUUGAUAGUGUUACAGGAACAGAUCUUUUAUUUACAAAAUUGAUUGAUCAUGAAUUGAAAAAAUGGUCAUCAAACACGAAGACUAUUCAAGUUUUGAAAUCUUCAACUUUCAUUACAUAUGACUUCAAAUAUAUCUUGACACAUAAAUUAAAUGGUAUGAGAUUUAAAUGUAAAGAGGACAAAUAUGAUGCAUUGGUUGAAUUAUGUCAUGGAUAUGGAUAUAUGAUUAAUGAUCGUCGAACAAAACACAUGGUUGUCUUGACCCAAUUUUUUGAUAAUUAUUUAAGUGGUGAAAGGUUUAGAUUGUAUAAAGGAUUCAACUCCAAGCGGUUCCUUAGAUGGUUUGCUGAUCCUUUCAAAUCCAUACAUAUAAAAAAAGUUAAUCAAAAAGAUACACUUAGUCUUUAUGAAGAAUUUAUUGAAAAAUAUGAAGGUAAGACAAGUGCUAUGGAAUUUCCACUUUCUUAUAUUCCAGAUAUGGAUUACAUGAAGAAUACUAUCAAAAUGAUCAUGUCAACAUUUAUUGCAUUACCAAAAUAUAUAAGAGGACAAAUGUUGUUAGUUGAUAUUGCAACCUCUAAAUCUUUACCUGGUGCAGAAAUUUUCCAAAUUCAUCAACCAAUCUGUAAGAUUGUUGAUGUUAAUUUUUGA